AUGACAACAAUUUCACCUUCAGAAAACGGGUUCAUGAGAAAAGUUGAUCAAGGUUCACCAGAAGAUGACAUUUUUUACAUGUAUGGAUCGACGACGGCUCACGCCAAAGAGGAGACUGAAUAUGUCCGCACUAUCCGGGCAACUUUAGAGAAGAUUCAGAAUCAAUUAUUUAAGGAUGACCCGUACAGUAAGAGUACACAAGAGAAGAAUUCUUCUCACAUGAAACAAAAUGGGCACAGCAACGAAGACGAGGAUUCCUUUGGCUCGCGGUAUAAACGGAUCCUUGAGAAGUUAAAGGAUCAAGACCUGCAGAUUGUGGAUGUUCACAGAGAUAAUGAAGAUCUACAGAUUAAGUUGGAAGCGACACGUGAAGCUGGAUCAGGUGCGAUAAGGGACGCCACCCGUAAACUGUACGAAAAUUACAACAAGAAGUCUGAACAACUCCGGAAAUCUCAUGAAGAGGAAAAGCAGCGCUUACAGGUUUCUGCUGCAGAGAAUGAGGAUCGGUUUAAGAAAAGCAUCGAGAGGUUGAAUGAAGUGGCUGACAAAAUUCAGGAGAAGCACAGCCGGAUCACUGAGCUGGAGAAGCUGAUGGAGCGGAUGGAAGCAGAAAAUGCAUCUUUGGUGGAAAAGAAACGUUUACUAGAAAAUAAGCUCUCGAGAAGAAUGGGCGAUCCUUCCAACCCCAAUGGCUGUUCAUCGAUUCAGUCUGAGAUUUUUAAGACAGAAGAACAAAUUAAUCACCUGCAGGAGCUGAUGAUGUCCCAGCACCAGCAUCUCCGCGCAUUGAUCCAGGAGAGGGAAGAACUGAAGAACCGUCUGAAAGAGCAGGAUGUAACGAUUGGGGAACUGAAGGAAAAGAUCGGUUUUCUUGAAUGUGAGAACAAAGAAUUGAAAUACAAGGUGGAUCACUGGUCCAGCCCCAGCAAAUUAAAAGUAUCUAAAGCGACGUCAGUGAGUGAGCCCAUGUUUGGCAACUUGUCUCCGUAUUUAAUGCUGCUGAAUCACAGGAAGAGCCCCGGAAGCAGCUGAUGCCGACCUCCUCAGGAUGUUCUGCCCUCUCCUGCUGGAUUCCGCUACGUGACAACAUUUCAGGGUCUGGGUCCCGUCACCCGGUGGCGCUGCUGGGAAACUGAAGACUUGCUGCCAGAUUCCCCUGCAGAUCACAGGUGAUCGAUGGGGAUCUCUGCAAAGUAACAACCUGUGAUCAGCUCGAAAGAAGCGGGUUCCAAAGUGGACAACUCCUUACUCUCUCUGCCGGUUUAAAACUUAGGAAAAGUUUAUGGCAAACUGGAAGAACUUCCUUUUUGAGUAGGGACAGAGAAGUAGACUAAGGCUAAAACUACACGGCGACAUUUGUCGCGCGAUAUUUUGUUGCACCAAUGUCGCACGACAAUUUUUAUA